CGGUGCGAGAGUGAUCGCUGUCGCCGAAGGGACGGACGAACGGACGGACGAAUAGAAUAUUGUUGUUCGAACCUUCGAACCGGUGACCCGACUGUGUUGACUGACUGAUUGACUUGGUUGGAUUAGUGGCGUGCGCCAGUGACCCGUACGUGUGUUCCGUUUUUUGACAAUAUUCCCCAAAGUGUUGGCAGUAGGAGAAAAAGUGUCGAGUACGGUGAGUGGCAUGACCGUGCAAGACGAAGCCAGGGCCAUGCCUCAGACAGCCGCAACCCGUUCCCGGUUCAUGAUCACCGACAUCCUGAGCGGACCGGCUGACGGUGCGGCGGCCGCGAUCAUCCGGGGCAGGUCGCCGAGUCCGGGACCGCGGGACCUGUCGUUGCACUCGAACCCGAUCCACGACAGCGACACCGACAGUUCCGGACAUCCGGACACGUCGAGCGUCUGCUCGAACGGUCAGAACGGCGACGACUCGCUAAACUCGUCCAAGAGCAGCGCGAUCAACAAGAAACAGAGGAAGGCACGCACGGCGUUCACGGACCUCCAGCUGCAGACAUUGGAGAAGAGCUUCGAAAGACAGAAAUACCUCAGCGUGCAGGACCGGAUGGAACUGGCGGCGAAACUCAGUUUAACGGACACACAAGUGAAAACGUGGUACCAGAACAGGAGAACAAAAUGGAAAAGACAGACGGCCGUGGGACUGGAACUACUGGCCGAGGCCGGCAACUACGCCGCCUUCCAACGAUUAUACGGCGCACCACCGUACGGAUGCUGGUACCCGCCGCAGACGGCCGGCCCGACCGCGCCGCCCAGCGCCGCCGACAUCUAUUACAGACAGGCAGCCGCCGCGGCCGCCGCCACGCUCCAAAAACCGCUCCCGUACCGACUGUAUCCGCCGGGCAUGGGCCUGGGGAUGCCGGGACCGAGCGCCCAUCUGGGCUCGUUGGCGGCGAGCAGUUCGCUGAGCACGCUCUCCAGCUAUUACUCGAACCAAUCGGCCGAGGGACCGUCGCCGAGGUCGCCCAGUCCGGACGCGCCGCUCGAUCCGGGAUCGCCCGGCACCGGGGGCAGACGGUCGCCCUCCGACGACGAGGACACCAUCCACGUCUGAGGACGCUCCGACAUUUAUAAAUAUUGUGAUAUAAAGUGUACUAUAGCUGGACCUGUUUAUUUAUUUUGCGCUUUUAAGUGUUGUGUAGGAAAUAAGGAUGUAUAGAUGAGAAAUGGACAAUUUUUCUAAUUAGAAUUGUCGUAAAUACGGGCUUGAUGUAAAUUUUGUCGAAAACAUUCCAGUGUGGGUUGAAACUCUACAUUCCCAGUGUAUUAUAUGAAUGGUUUUAUUUCGGAUUGCACACUCGAUGUAAUCGUUAUCUUUAUUUUGCUCGAUGAGUAUGUUUAUUCAUGUUUAUAUUAGAAAUAAUAGAAUAAAGAAUUUUAAG